CUGUGGGCAGUCACUAAGCACGUGGGAUAGGCUCCGGGGUCCCGCCGCGCGAAGGGAGUGGAACCUCGAUUUUGGUGGUGUCAAUCGUGGGCAGCGGUCUAUUGAAGGCCAUGGCACCGGCGGAAGUCCUGAACGGGAAGGUGGUCUCUGCGCAAAUAAGGGAGAGAUUGAAGAACCAAGUCAUUCAGAUGAAGGAGCAAGUACCUGACUUCACCCCAGGCCUGGCAAUUUUACAGGUUGGCGACAGAGAUGAUUCCAAUCUUUAUAUAAACGUGAAGCUGAAGGCUGCUGAGGAGAUUGGGAUCAAAGCCAUUCACAUUAAAUUACCAAGAACAGCUACAGAAUCUGAGGUGUUAAAGAGCAUCACGUCCUUGAAUGAAGACUCUACUGUACAUGGCUUCAUAGUACAGCUACCCUUAGAUUCAGAGAAUCCCAUUAAUACUGAGGCAGUUAUCAAUGCUAUUGCACCUGAAAAGGAUGUAGAUGGAUUGACUAGCAUCAACGCUGGAAAACUUGCUAGAGGUGAUCUCAAAGACUGUUUCAUCCCUUGUACACCUAAAGGAUGCUUGGAACUCAUCAAAGAGACAGGGGUGCAGAUUGCUGGAAGGCAUGCGGUGGUGGUCGGGCGUAGUAAAAUAGUUGGUGCCCCAAUGCAUGACUUGCUUCUGUGGAACAAUGCCACAGUGACCACCUGUCACUCCAAGACUGCCAAUCUGGACAAGGAGGUAAAUAAAGGUGACAUUCUGGUGGUCGCAACUGGUCAGCCUGAAAUGGUGAAAGGAGAGUGGAUCAAACCUGGGGCAGUUGUCAUUGACUGUGGAAUCAACUAUGUCCCAGAUGAUAAAAAACCCAAUGGGAGGAAAGUUGUGGGUGAUGUGGCAUACAACGAGGCCAAGGAGCGUGCAAGCUUCAUCACGCCUGUCCCUGGCGGCGUCGGGCCCAUGACAGUGGCUAUGCUGAUGCAGAGCACAGUAGAGAGUGCAAAGCGUUUCCUGGAGAAAUUUAAGCCAGGGAAGUGGACACUUCAGUAUAACACCCUUAACCUCAAGACACCUGUUCCAAGUGACAUUGAUAUAUCACGAUCUUGCAAACCAAAACCCAUUGGUAUCCUGGCUCGGGAAAUUGGCCUGCUUUCUGAAGAGGUUGAACUAUAUGGUGAAACAAAGGCCAAAGUCCUGCUCUCAGCACUGGAACGCCUGAAGCACCAGCCUGAUGGGAAAUACGUGGUGGUGACUGGAAUCACUCCAACACCCCUGGGAGAAGGAAAAAGCACAACCACGAUCGGUCUGGUGCAGGCCCUUGGCGCCCAUCUUUAUCAGAAUGUGUUUGCGUGUGUGCGACAGCCUUCCCAAGGGCCCACCUUUGGAAUAAAAGGUGGCGCUGCAGGAGGUGGCUACUCCCAGGUCAUUCCUAUGGAAGAGUUUAAUCUCCACCUCACUGGUGACAUCCAUGCCAUCACCGCAGCUAAUAACCUCGUCGCUGCGGCCAUCGAUGCUCGGAUAUUCCAUGAGCUGACCCAGACAGACAAGGCUCUCUUUAAUCGUUUGGUACCGUCGGUAAAUGGAGUAAGAAAAUUCUCUGACAUUCAAAUUCGAAGGUUACGGAGACUAGGCAUUGAAAAGACUGACCCUGCCACACUAACAGAUGAAGAGAUAAACAGAUUUGCAAGACUGGAUAUUGAUCCGGAAACCAUAACUUGGCAAAGAGUGUUGGACACUAAUGACAGAUUCCUGAGGAAGAUCACCAUUGGACAGGCUCCAACAGAGAAAGGGCACACACGGAUGGCGCAGUUUGAUAUCUCUGUGGCCAGUGAAAUCAUGGCUGUGUUGGCUCUCACCAGUUCUCUGGAAGACAUGAGAGAGAGGCUGGGCAAAAUGGUGGUGGCAUCCAGCAAGAAAGGGGAGCCCAUCAGUGCAGAAGAUCUGGGGGUGAGUGGCGCGCUGACGGUACUGAUGAAGGAUGCAAUCAAGCCCAAUCUCAUGCAGACGUUAGAGGGCACCCCGGUGUUUGUUCAUGCGGGACCAUUUGCCAACAUUGCACACGGGAAUUCUUCCAUCAUUGCAGACCGGAUUGCGCUCAAGCUUGUUGGCCCAGAGGGCUUUGUCGUGACCGAAGCAGGAUUCGGAGCAGACAUUGGAAUGGAAAAGUUUUUUAACAUCAAAUGCCGAUAUUCUGGUCUCCGCCCUCAUGUGGUGGUGCUUGUUGCCACUGUCAGGGCUCUUAAGAUGCACGGUGGCGGCCCCACGGUCACUGCUGGACUGCCUCUUCCGAAGGAUUACAUAGAAGAGAACUUGGAGCUGGUUGAAAAAGGCUUCAGUAACUUGAGGAAACAAAUAGAAAAUGCCAGAAUGUUCGGAGUUCCUGUAGUGGUGGCUGUGAAUGCAUUCAAGACAGACACAGAGGCCGAGCUGGACCUCAUUAGCCGCCUUGCCAGAGAACAUGGGGCCUUUGAUGCCGUCAAGUGCACUCACUGGGCGGAAGGGGGCAAGGGUGCUUUAGCCCUGGCUCAGGCUGUCCAGAGAGCUGCACAGGUGCCCAGCAGCUUCCAGCUCCUUUAUGACCUUGAGCUCCCAGUUGAGGAUAAAAUCAGGAUCAUUGCGCAGAAGAUCUAUGGGGCUGAUGACAUUGAAUUACUCCCUGAAGCUCAGCAGAAAGCUGAAGUCUACACAAAGCAGGGCUUUGGGAAUCUACCCAUCUGCAUGGCCAAAACACACUUGUCCUUGUCUCAUAACCCAGAGCAAAAAGGCGUGCCCACAGGCUUUGUUCUGCCCAUUCGUGACAUCCGUGCCAGUGUCGGGGCUGGUUUUCUUUACCCUUUAGUAGGAACGAUGAGUACAAUGCCUGGGCUCCCUACCCGGCCCUGUUUUUAUGACAUUGACUUGGAUCCUGAAACCGAACAGGUGAAUGGACUCUUUUAAACAGAUCAUCCUUCUCCAAGAAGCCACUUUGAAAGUUUGGCCCACUGUGGUGGGAAGUUGAGAGAAGUCAACCGCUGCCUGGAGGGUCUUCUGAAAUGAAUAAUGGGAGUUUGCCUACAAGCCUUUUUUCAGCCUUAAUUCUCAUGAUUAUGUACAAAUUAACAUAGCUCAUGUACCUAUUUACUUUAAUGAAGUUCUACAGAAUAAAAAGAAAAUAAUUUUGCUA